CCAUUCGUAUUAUGGAGCUGACUUUACAGAAGUAUGGAAGCUAUGAGAAAUUUGAACAAGCCACGGGUGGUAGCUUGCUGUCUAAGCCUCGGAUCUGGAGUCAUGUUAGGAAGUACAUGCUGAAGGAGGGCUGCUUGGGAGAGAUUGUAGUACAUCUCACUGAAGAUCUACUUUCACGAGCCUCGAUGACAGUAGUAAAUGGAUGUCCAACUCUGACCAUCAAUGUUUCAACGGCCCGUGAGCACUGGCUGGAAGGAAUGCUGAGGCAUGAGAUAGGAUGUUUCAAUAAAGACCAAGUGUACUUGGAUGGAACCCUCCAGAUCCUCCGAUACAGGCGCUCUAUAGACUUCUACCUGCUGACUGCCCUGGGGAAGGUGAGUGAGCAGAAUGGCUCGAGACCCCUGACCCUAGGCCAGCAUUGCUGUAGCCUGGUUCAGGAGUGA